GGGAUGCUGUAACCAGGGGAAGGAUGGACUGACAGACCCCCAGCAGGCCCCACCCAAGGCUGAGGGGCUCAGCCUGCAGGGAAGGAGCCAGUUUUGGACACAAACAUCGCUCUGGCUGCGGCGAGGGGAGAGGAGCUGAGAGGAGCUGCCGCGGAUCGAACCCGCUCCUGGAGGGGAAAAUACCACUUCAGUUUGGUGUCUAAUUAGAUAUUUACCAGGAAGGAAGGAAAGAUAUAAAUAGGGUGACAGUGACUUCAAAGGGUGUUUUUUGACUUCUAAGAAUAACACCUUUGCUGGCGCUGGUUUCGGGAAUAUCGGCUGUGCCUGGGUGUGAAAGGCGGAGGAGGUGUCGCAGCUCGGUCGGCAGCCAAGGGAGCAAACCCAGACCCCAGCCCCGCUCCAAACCCAGACCCCAGCCCUGCCCCAGCCCCACAGGACCAGCUGAGGAAGGGACAGAGCCCCUGGAAAGCUCUGCUGCAUCCACAGGGACACAGCAGGGGCAGUUUGGGGAAGCCCAGCAGAGCUGCACCGCGGGCAGGAGGGGACGUGUGGCACCAUGGGGACCCCACCCCUGUCCCCGUGGGCUCUGCUGGUGCCCACCCUGGUGCUGGUGGGGCUCUGGGCUCCCUGUGUGGUGAGCAGGCAGCCCAACUUCAUUGUCAUCCUGGCCGAUGAUGUGGGCUGGGGGGAUCUGGGCGCCAACUGGGCAGAGACGAAGGAGACCCCGCAUUUGGACCAGCUGGCUGCUGAGGGAACAAGGUUCGUGGAUUUCCACUCAGCUGCCUCCACGUGCUCCCCGUCCCGCGCCUCGCUGCUCACAGGGCGCCUGGGGCUGCGCAAUGGGGUCACCCACAACUUCGCCAUCUCCUCUCUUGGGGGCCUCCCCCGCAACGAGACCACCCUGGCCGAGGUGCUGAGGGAGGCUGGCUACAGCACAGGGGCCAUAGGCAAGUGGCACCUGGGACAUCACGGCCACCAUCACCCCAGCUCCCGUGGCUUUGACUACUACUUUGGGAUCCCCUACAGCCACGACAUGGGCUGCACAGACACCCCUGGCUACAACCUGCCACCCUGCCCGCCCUGCCCACAGCACAGCACCACUGCCAGCAGGCUGGUGAGGAAGGACUGUUACACAGAGGUUGCCCUGCCUCUCUUGGAGAACACCACCAUCAUCCAGCAGCCCGUGGAGCUCGGCAGCCUGGCCAGGCGCUACGCAGAGGAGGCAGAGAGGUUCAUCCAGAGGGCCAGUGACAAAGGACAGCCCUUCUUCCUGUACCUGGCCCUGGCCCAUAUGCACGUCCCGCUGGUGCCCCCGCUGCCCCCUGGCCCGGGCAGGGGCAUCUACGGAGCCUCCCUGGGGGAGAUGGAUGCGCUGGUGGCACGGGUGAAGGAGGCGGCCGACAGCCUGGGCAGGGGCAGCACGCUGCUCUGGUUCACAGGUGACAAUGGCCCCUGGGCACAGAAGUGUGAGCUGGCAGGACGCCUCGGGCCAUUCGUGGGUGCCUGGCAGAGGCAGAGAGCAUCCUGGACAUCUUCCCCACGCUGGUGGCCCUGGCUGGGGCAGCACUGCCCCCAAACAGGCGCUUUGAUGGCUUGGAUGUGUCCCCAGUUCUCUUUGGCUCGUCAGAUGUGGGGCACAAGGUUCUGCUGCACCCCAACAGCGGCGCAGCGGGGAAGGCGGGUGAGGUCGAGGCGCUGCGGCUGGCCCAGUACAAGGCCUUCUACACCACAGGAGGGGCCAUGGCCUGUGAUGGCAGCACUGGGCCGGCACAGCAGCACCACCCACCCCUCAUUUUCAACCUGGACCGUGACAUCCAGGAGCAGGAGCCUCUGGAUGUGGCCUCCAGGGAGUACCAGGCAGUGCUGCCUGCCAUCAGCAGGGCUUAUGCCCAAGCCCUGCAGGACAUUGCAGCAGACAAUGUCUCAGUUGCAGAUUAUUCCCAGGACCCAGCUGCAAUUCCCUGCUGCAACGUGCAGCACGUGGGCUGCCGGUGCCACGGGGCCCACGGAGCCACACGGGACCCCCAUGUGGAAAGCAGAACACCCUGGCUUUGUCUUUAAGCAAAUAAUUGCUCAGGCUGCUCCUUUCCCAAGGGUGGUGUCUGUGAAUUGCAGGCUGGAGGUGGCCAUGGAGAGGGAUGGAGGCUGUGGUUCCCUUUGCUCCAUGCUGGGAGGAGGGAGGUGAGCUGGGUGUGGGUUUGGGGGAGCACACAGAGGGUCCCCUUUGGACCUUGGGCAUGUGGAUGGCUUUUUGUAGGGCUCUUUAUAGGAAAGCUCUUUGUAGUAAAGAGACAGCUCUUGGAUUAAAACUACCUUCUGUGAGA